AAUCGGAAUCUGGAAUUUUGGUAGAGCUAGAACGAUGGCAUUGGCCGGAAAAAUUAAGAAGAACGGUGGCGGCGCCGGCGGUGGUGAAGGAUGGGGGACGGGUAUUUUCUUGGUUUUCUUCCCGGAAGAAGAUGAACAAGAAUUGACUUCUUCGUCGUCGUCGUCACCGUUCAAAUUUCCUACGAUUAAUUCUCUCUUGAAACGUACGAAUUCCAGUCAUAUUCUCACCAGAACUCAAUCCACCAUCUCCAUCUGUGCUCUACUCAUCUUCCUCACCUGUCUCUUCUUCACCCUCUCUACUUUCGAACCAAACAACAAUUUCACCCCCUCUCGCCGUCACUCUAAUUCACCCAGAUCAUAUACACCUGCCUUGCAAGGAUUGGGCACGCUGUAUACACGAGGAACGACGGCCAUGGACAACCUCCUUCUCUGCCACGUUACGGAGUCGGUGACAACCAAACAACUUAAAGUGUUCUUACGAGCCUUUCACAGGUCUGGGUUACCUUUAAAUUCUGACCUUUUGUUUAUAUUCGAUUCAGCUUUGACACUCGAGUCUUUCGAUAACGUGAUUCUGGAAGAGAAUGACAUCUUCCUGAAGGUCGUCUGCCGGUACCAAGCAGAAUUGUGCAACGGCAGUAAAGUUUUGGAUUUUCCGGCGAGUUUCAACCUGAAUCAGUUCCUGAAAUCCGGCAAGAAGGUGGUGGAGAAAGGAGAGCCAAUAUGGGGUUGGAAAAUUAAGAACAAUAAUUCGAGUUUACUUCGUUGUGGUGGUGGUGAGACUGAGUCAACUCGGAUAAGCUAUGGAUCGGUUGUCGGUUUUGGCGUGGGCGAGGUUGACCCAGAAAACUCGUUAUCCGGGUUUAUGGACCAAAUCCCGAUGUCUCUGAGAAGGUGGGCUUCUUACCCAAUGAUAUUGGGGCGGGUCCGUCGAAAUUUUAAACACGUGAUGUUAGUUGACGUAAAGAAAGUUUUGCUACUUGGAGACCCACUCGGCCGAGUCAGAACCAAGAGUCCUGAGUCAGUCUUUUUGUCAUCAACACCACCACGUGCAACCAAACACGGGCAUAAGGGCUCUGAGGAUACCCAUCAGAAAACAAUCAAUUCAGCCGUCAUAAUGGGCGGAGUUCGCGGUAUACGGCGGUUGUCUGCCGUCAUGUUGACGGAGAUCGUCCGAGCAACCACGAAUCAACAACACAAUAAAAGGAAGAAUUCAGUUACGGAGUCGGGUCUGCUGAGUCGUCUGGCCACCAAUGAGUUCGCACUCAAGAGCAUACAUGUGUCGAUGUCAAUCGAGUCAAUACCGACAGCAAGCUCAGUUAGUGAGUCAACAAUCAGAAAUCAGACAAUCGUAUGGGUUGAACAUAGUGAUUAUAAAGAUAUAGAAUCAGCUAUUAUGAAGCAUAUUUGUUCGUUUUUAAUAGAUUCAGCUGUCUACAGGGAUUGUUGACUGCUUUGAAUAAUAUAUUGUAAAAAGGUAGAAAGUGAAUUAGAAUUUUUGCAAUGGAUGUAUGUAUUUUAAUAAGAGAAUGAGAAAUAUUGAGCAA